AUGCAAUUUCUCAUCUCAUUUACACUAAAUUUCCUUAUAUUUUCUUCACUUCUUUCUUCAACCUACGCCCAUUUUGCCGAUGAACAAAGGUAUAACAUCUGUACCAACGCAGCUAAUUACACCAACGGAUCCUUAUACAGCCGAAACAUAAACGCCACUCUAUUUUCCCUCACAAAUGCUUCCCUCACUGGCUUUGCCACCACCACGAUCGGCCUCGACCCUGAUACCGUCUUCGGGCUCGUCCAAUGCCGACCCGACGUUGCCGAAAAUGAUUGCCGAGCAUGUAUCAACACUGCAUCCGAUGAAAUCACUCAGUUUUGUCCCAACAAGAAACAAGCUAUGAUCGGAUAUGAUAAUUGCUCGUUACGGUAUUCGGAUUUUCGAUUCUUUUCGACGGCAACUAAUGAUCUGAUCGUUUACUAUAGAAACACAAUGAACGUAAAUGAUUCUAAUCUUUUUGACAAACAGUUGGUGAGCUUGUUUCAAAAUUUAUCAGUAUCUGCGGCAGCUAAUGAUACGAAAUUUGCUGUGGGUGCUAUUGGUUACUCGUUGUUUAGUGAUAUUUAUGGUAUGGUUCAGUGUAGUAGAGAUUUGCCUGAAAACGGUUGCUUGAGUUGUUUGCAAGCGAUUAUUGGGUUUAUACCACAAUGUUGUGAUAAAAAACAAGGUGCUCGGAUUUUUACAAUGAGUUGUAGUCUUAGGUUUGAGUUAUAUGCAUUUUUUCAGACGUCGUCCCCGCCGAUUUCGGGGAUGUCGUCUCCGCCACCACCGCUGCCUGUCUCUACUGAUGAGCCAAGUUCGGUUCCAACCAGUUCUUCUGAUGGAAAGAAAAGUGGUUUGAAACCCUUAGUUAUUGUGGUUGUAUCCAUGGCGUCGGUUUCAUUGCUGGUGAUACUCAUAGUUGGUUGUUGCUACUUUUGGAGAAAGGCCAAGAACACUGCAGCUGGUACGUACUAUAGUUCACACACAAUGCUUAAUUCGAGUUAA